AUGGUUUCCACACUCCUUGCACUCUGCCUCUUCGCCUGCCACGCCAUUGCAUUGGUGUCUGCGCACAACACGACCGUGACAUCUACAUCUAUGCUUACAAUCCCCAUCUUCACUCUCGUCGUCGUCAACCCGAGUUCGCCCCCUCUCUCACCGCCACCACCACCAACAAACACAACCACAUCUCUCUUACCACCCAGCCAUGAUCUGCAGCCCUCUGCAAGCGAGACAUCCGUUUCUACAACCCCACGCUCUCUCACUCGCACUCCUAGCCUGGUCACACUCGCAUCACCCGUUCAUGCAACACUACCUCACACUCCCCUUCCCCCUCCAAAUUCCAUGACUACAACGACAACGACAACGACAACGACAACGACAACGACAACGACAACGACAACGACAACGACAACGACACCCAGCACCAACUUCGCAGCCCAAAUCUCAUCUACCCCCUGGAUCGUCCCCGUGACCGCCACACUACUCUGCUACGACUUUCUGCUCGCGCUAGCGCUAGCCUGGUGCUGGGCCAUGGGCUGGUUUUGGUGGUGGAGAAAUCCCAGCCACAGGAAUAGUACUAGGCGGGAAAGAAGAGCCGUACUUGCAUGGGAUGAAGAUGAGGAGAUGGGGGAUGGGGGUGUUGAGUGGGAGGAUCAAGAGGAGGCUAGAAGGAGGAGGAGGAGGAGGAGGAGAAGACAUGUUGCGCUCACGAGGGUUAUGCUGGUGGAUGGUGGGAUUGAGGGCGAGAUGCGGAGGUUGGGUAUGCUGUGA